CCACUGAGUUAGCUCGCUCCCGUUCGCCAAUUAUACGCUCGUGCGCUUUUGCUAUGGCUCCUUUCAAGCUUGUAAUCGCGCUGCUGGCUGGAACUGCUUCUGGUAGCUAAGUUAAAAGAGUGUACCAACUGGAAGUGUUUCUUUCUUAAAUUCUGCAGGUCACGUCUUCUUAUUUCCUUCGAGCUCUGAAACUGUGAGCUGUGGCGAGGUGAAAACGAUUUUAUGUUACGCCGACAGGACCACCAAAGUAACCGUUGCCGCUCGACAUCCGACUGUCUCAUUCGGGAGUCAUACAUAUCAGAGAAACAGUCCCCCCUUGGCGAAAGUAGGGCCAGUAGAGCUGAAUCUGACCGACGUUGGUGUUAGUCCACUGAAGGAUUCCCUCAGCAACUUCAACGUCACAGCUUCUGAGAGGCACAAUGGAAACAUUAUAAUAACUUGCGCAGACGUGUAUAACUCGUCUGAAGUCCAGAUUAUGACAUUUAGUAAAGGAUGUGAGGGUCAGAUUCGAUUUGACGAAACUAGAAGGCGACUAGAGUGGGAUGAGCCAACCUGCGAAGGAUGGCGACAAGAUGUUCUGUCGCAUUACACUGCUACCAUUCAGUAUACCACAGAGAUAAUGAAAACGUACACAGACAUAAAGGAAACGUUUAUAGUCAUUGCAGAGUCUUUUGUACAAGUAUCUGUAAACAUGACAAACAGCUGUGGGGAAAGAAUCUACAUUGGCUACCUAAACUAUGUGUGGUCUACAGAGUCUAUAAAUGGCAAUACAGUGAAGAACAAUACGACAAAGGUCGUUGCCAAUGAUGGAUGUUCGGUAGCUGCAACUCGUGGUGUCUACUGGGGCUGCCUUUUAUUUGCAGUUAUUAAAAAGUUUCAAGUUUGAGGACUGAAGCUACUAAAGUGCAAACCGUCGGCGAAUUGCGCAUGCGCGAUACUGCUAAAUUGAUGGGCUG